AUGAAAGCUUUAAUUCUUGUUGGUGGAUAUGGAACAAGACUUCGUCCUUUAACUCUUACUCAACCGAAGCCAUUGGUUGAGUUUGCUAAUAAAGCCAUGAUGCUACAUCAGAUUGAGGCUUUGGCAUCCGUAGGUGUAACUACUGUAGUUUUAGCAGUUAGUUACCGAGCUGAACAACUAGAACAAGAAAUAUCUGUACAUGCCGAGAGAUUGGGAGUUAGAAUAGUUUUCUCUCUUGAAGAAGUGCCUCUGGACACUGCUGGCCCGCUAGCUCUAGCAAGACCUCAUCUUGAAGGUGACGAGGCAUUCUUUGUUUUGAAUAGUGACGUCAUUUGUGACUUUCCAUUCCAACAAAUGUAUGAAUUCCACAAAAAACACGGCAAAGAAGGAACUAUAGUUGUUACAAAGGUAGAAGAACCGUCGAAGUAUGGUGUUGUUGUGUUUGAUGAGAAUUCUGGAUCAAUCGCUGAGUUUGUGGAAAAGCCUCAGGAGUAUGUGGGAAACAAAAUUAACGCCGGUAUCUAUAUUUUCAACCCUUCAGUGUUAGAUAGAAUACCACUUAAGCCAACAAGUAUUGAGAAAGAGAUUUUCCCACAAAUGGCAGAGAGUCAGGAUCUGUUCGCCUAUGUUCUUCCUGGAUUCUGGAUGGAUGUUGGGCAACCUAAAGAUUUCAUAAAAGGAACGACAUUAUACUUAGCUCAUCAGCGAAAGGCGAAUCCAUCAUUAUUAGCAAAUACUGAAAAUAUUCGUGGAAAUGUUCUUAUCGAUCCAAGCGCACAGAUAGGAAACGAUUGUAGGAUAGGGCCGGAUGUUGUGAUUGGCCCUAGAGUUGUAAUAGAAGCUGGUGUUUGCCUUAGUCAUUGCACGAUUCUAUGCGACUCGACUGUGCGAACACAUGCUUGGAUUAAUCAGUGUAUAAUUGGGAGAAAAUGCUCCGUGGGGCGUUGGGCAAGACUCGAAAACACAUGUGUGUUAGGAGACGAUGUUGUUGUUAAAGACGAAUUGUAUUUGUUUGGAGCCAGUGUUCUUCCCCAUAAAUCGAUAUCAGUCAACGUUCGUGAUCCAAUAACUAUAAUGUAG